GUGGCAUAUUGUGAAUAAUCUUCGAGUGCUUUUUCUACAAUGGCGAAAUUCAGUAGUACGCAAUCAUCAAAAUUGAUAGUAGUAAACAAUUGCAAAUCGUCAACCUGUAUCGGAAGAAAAAAACGUCCGUCGUCGCCCGAUUUGAGAUUGGUUUUUACUUGUGAGUUUAUCUGUUGUGACGGGAAAAAGUGGUAACAAUCAUGUGGAAUAUUAGCAACGGCAACGGUUUGUCCCCUUGGAUGGGAGCGUUCGAGCAAAAGAGAAGCUUUCACGGUCUCGCCAGUCGACCGACUCCCAUGUCGAUUUUGCCCAACAAAUCUUUCACCAAUCCAAACUUUGUGAACAACAUUACCACCUCGACGACGAUGAUGUCCAGCUACGAAAGGACACCGCCUGAUGUACUGGAAAACGGUAACAGAGGCCUCGUCGAAACCAUAAAGCAAAGUUGUCCAGAAAUUAUGAAACCUCUGAAGUCAGAAAACAAAAACAGUAGAAAAUCAAGAAGAAGAAAAAUUUCGGAGAGAAAAAAUAAAGACAAUUCAAACAGAAACAUUGGAAUUGAAGAAGAUAUGGAAACAGAAUUUGAACAAGCUGAUGAGAAUGUUAUUUCAAAAAGCAUGUCCAGCCCUGAACCUCUGCAUCUGAGCGAUUUCAUCCCGGUCACCUGUGUUGAUGAAGUCGACCACUGUUUCAGCAUCUUCUCCUUUCCAGCACCACCAUCAUCACCGCCACCUUCAUCACCACCACCACCGUCACUGUCGUGCUCAAAUAACGGUUAUUACGACAGCUGUAAAGAGGCGGCUAGAACGCGACUGCCGUCCGCUUGCGAAAGCGAAGACAGUUUUAUCAUGUUCGAGCCCGGAUCAGAUGCAGAAUGUGAUUUCGACGAUUCAUCUUCGUCUACAUCGGGCGAUGAAUCGGAGACAGACGAAGAAUCAGAGGUGGAUUCAGAAUGGGACUCCUCGGAAUCUGUUGUACCUAAGAAAAAGGUUCGUUUCGCGGACGAGGAGAGCCUUUGCUCGGUCCACCCGAUGGUGCAAUGGGCGUACGCGUACCAGAAAGCGAGAAAGGGACCGUGGGAAGCGUACGCCAGAGACAGGGAGCGUUUCAAGAGGCGGAUCAGCGACGCUUCCCGUCUUCUCGAUCCCGUUCUGAAGCCCGAACACAGACGAACCGUUUUUACAUCCCGUUUCCAGGAAUGAUUUCAUCAUUUUUGCUUCUAAUCUGUCUGUCUGGGGAUUAUUAUGCGUACGCAACUUAUGAACAUCUCAGGACAAAAAACAAUUUUUAACUCUUUGCGUAUGCGUAGGCUGUGAUAAAUUAUAUAAUACCCACAAACCCAUUCGAAUGGUGGGUACUACACAUGAUUGUAUAUUAUAUAUUUAGUUAAUUAAUUUUAGUCUUAGUUUGACAUUUAAACACUUGUCAUUAUUAUUUUGUUAUGACGACAUUUCCUUUUCCAAAUUUAAUAAACCAACUUUUGAUUUGCUUUUAAAAAUUUGUGGAGAAAUUUCAGUUUGUACAAAUGAAUAAAUAAAUAAAUAAGUAAGUUUGUAUCGUUUCA